AUGGUGGACGUGCUGAGCGGGCGGCGCCUGGUGACCCGCGAGGGCGUGGUGGUGGAGGCGGAGGCGGCGCUGCAGAACAAGGUGGUAGCUCUGUACUUUGCGGCCGGCCGGUGCUCGCCCAGCCGCGACUUCACGCCGCUGCUCUGCGACUUCUACACGGCGCUGGUGAGCGAGGCGCGGCGGCCCGCGCCCUUUGAGGUGGUGUUCGUGUCGGCGGACGGCAGCGCGGAGGAGAUGCUGGACUUCAUGCGGGAGCUUCACGGCGCCUGGCUGGCACUGCCUUUCCAUGACCCUUACAGGCAUGAACUGAAGAAGAGGUACAACAUCACAGCCAUCCCCAGGCUCGUGGUCAUCAAGCAGAAUGGAGCCGUCAUCACCAACAAAGGGCGGAAGCAGAUCCGGGAGCGCGGGCUGGCUUGCUUUCAGAACUGGGUGGAAGCAGCCGAUGUUUUCCAGAACUUCUUGGGGUGA